GAAAAACAAAACGUGCUAUCCAAGAGAUGGCGAAGAAAAAUGAAACAAGCAGAGACGAGAUUGUCAAUAAGAUAAUGGAAUCGUUGGGACCAGAUGGUGUCGCUUCAAGAACUGUCCUCGUUGGUGAAGCUGGUAUAGGGAAGACAUGGCUUGCAAAAGAAGUCAGCAAACGUGUUAUCCAAGAAAGCUACAAUGUCCUCUGGUUACAUCUGAACAAAAGGAUUGAAGACGUGAAGUCUCUUUACGAGAAUCUAGCUUCUCAGUUGUCCUUAAUUUACGAGUUUGAAGAAGGCGAAGGACCUGAUGAGCUUGAUUAUUCGGUUGAGACCUUGGAAGAGAAGAUUACACAAGAGAUGAGCAGUCACAAGAAGAAUAAUCUUCUCUUGAUUUUGGAUGAUGAAGGAAGCAUGACAACUGAAAACCAUGUAAUGAAAGAACUAAAUCUCCAAAAUUUUCUUAAGUUACACUACUCGACUACCGUAAAGACUCUAGUUACAAAAAGAGAUGAAAAAGAGGAGAAAGAAUCAACAACGAUCAAAGUCCCUCCGCUUACAGAAAUGGAGUCACUAGACUUACUCCACAAUUCAAAGGACUUACUUGCGUCGUUUACAAAUGAAGAUUGGUUGGUUUUGCUGCAGAGACUUUGCGAUGACGGAGAGAUCAAAAAACCUACUUUGAUGUCUUGCAUUUUGAGCAAGAGCAAGGGCUUACCAGCUGCGAUCGUUGUCUUAACCAAGUCCUUGGACAACAUCAAGUCGUUGUCUGCAAAACAGAGGAAGAUCUUUAAAGAACUGAUUCUAUCUUCCGAUUCAUUAGACGCAGCAGCUGCUUGUAAGAACGCUAUUGAUCGCCGCCUCUACAAUCCCGUCUUGCGAUUAAGCUACGAGUUGUUAAAGCUUGAUGAUACGGUCAAACGUCCGGUCAUUGCUUGCUUUUGGCAUAUCCUGGACUUCUACAAUUACUCUGGAUGCGCUUAUUACCGCGACCUAAUCGUGCACUGGAUGCUUGAAGGGUAUUUUGAUCCGGUUAAGUCAGUUGAGAAAGCUUAUCAAGAAGGACAUUCCAUUUUAAUGGAUUUUAUGAACAGAGGAAUCUUGAAGAUACAAGAAGACAACAUUGUGGUGCCAGAGUUUGCUAUGAACAAUCUAUUAGAUCUUCAAGAUUGUGGAUUCUUUGGAAGAUCUUCUCUUGGAUUUGACAGAGUUUAUGGCGGAGACAAGAGAAAAGGGCUUGGGAAAAUCAUCUUAAUCGACGAUAUGAUACAGACAAUUCAAUCUAAGCAGAAGAAGAUCACGUCGAUUAUUGUAAGCGGUAAUCGUUUACGCAGAGAAGUUCAUGGAAAGUUCUUUGAGAAACCAGAGAUGCAAGAUCUUGAAGUUGUUGUACUCUUUGAGCCAACGUUCGAAGAUCUUGUUCAGUCUUUAUCUAAGCGAAAGAAACUUCGAGUACUCGUGCUCAGGGACUGCGAUCUAAUCCAAAACAUCGAUGAGCUCACGAGUCUUGAACGCCUACACGUUCUUGAAGUCUCUGGUGCAAGUUCUCUUGAUAACAUUCCUGAUGAUUUCUUCAAGAACAUGACUCAGCUCCAAAGUAUUAACCUUUCCGGGCUUGCUAUCAAAUCUUCGCCUUCCACAAUCGAAAAUCUAAGCAUGCUCCGUUGCUUCAUCCUAAGAGACUGUUCUGAGCUACAAGAUCUGCCUAAUUUCAAUGUAGCAACAACAAAAUUAGAAGUUAUCGACAUUCAUGGAGCUCGGAAACUCGAGUCUUACUUCGAUAAAGUUAAAGAUUGGAGAUACUAUAAAGGCAAGAACAAGAACUUCGCUCAUCUUCAGCAGCUCGAACACUUAGACUUCUCAGAUACUCAAAUCAUCCGCCUACCAAUUUUUCAUAGCAAAGACUCUACUAACGAUUUCAGCAAGAUGCCAUCCUUGACCCGGCUCUUGCUGCGAAACUGCACAAGGCUUAAAAGAUUGCCACAGCUUAAACCCUUGACUAAGCUUCAGAUUCUUGAUGCCUCUGGUGCUACAAGCUUAGUGGAGAUGCUUGAAGUGUGUUUAGAGGAUAAGAAUGAGCUUAGGAUCCUUGAUAUUUCAAAGACAACACUUCCUGAGUUAGCCGACACGAUCGCUGGUGUUGUCCAUCUCAAUCAGCUUCUGUUAAAGAACUGCUCCCAAAUUGAAGAGCUUCCAAGCAUUGAGAGUCUGACGCACCUUGAGGUUUUCGACGUUUCUGGUUGCAAUAAGUUGAAAAAGAUCGAUGGAUCCUUUGGGAAGAUGUCUUACCUCCAUAAAGUGAAUCUAUCUGAAACGAAUCUUGGUAAGUUACCUAACAAAAUCCCAGAGCUAUCUAACCUCAAAGAACUCAUCAUAAGAAAUUGUCUCAAGCUAAAGACUCUUCCAAACCUUGAGAAGCUAACACAACUUGAGAUCUUCGAUGUUUCGGGCAGCACCGAGUUGGAUAUAAUCGAGGGAUCAUUCGAGAACAUGCCUUACCUCUACAGAGUGAAUCUUUCGGGAACUAAUCUCAGUGAGUUACCUAACAAAAUCUCAGAGCUAUCUAACCUCCAGGAGCUCAUCCUAAGAAACUGUUCCAAGCUAAAGGCUCUUCCAAACCUUGAGAAGCUAACACAUCUUGAGAUCUUUGAUGUUUCGGGAAGCACUGAUCUGGAGAAAAUCGAGGGAUCAUUCGAGAGUAUGUCUUAUCUUUGCGAAGUUAAUCUCUCUGGGACAAAACUGAAAACAUUUCCAGAGUUGCCAAAACAGAGCAUCCUCUGUUCUUCAAAACGCAUUGUCCUCGCGGAUUCGACGUGUCUAGAGCGAGACGAGUGGAGCCAAAUAAAGGAGUGUUUAACAACGAAUUCAGAGGGCUCUAUCAUCUCAAAAGUAGCAGAAAAAACCUGCAAAAAAGGCGAUAAACUUGUAUAUCACGGCGAUAGAUACAGAGUUCUUGAUCCUGAAGUUCCUUUGGGUGUAGAUAUCGUUGAUAUCAACAAACCAAUGAAUCUUGGCAAAGAGUAUAUAGCCAAAGCAGAGUAUGUCUCUAUAUCAGAGAAUGGAUCCCAAAACGUAUCUUCUAUCUUCCACGAGUUUCAGAUGAGUUCGGUAAAGGGUUGUUGGGUAGAGAGGUGCAAAGACAUGGAGAUUCUAUUCGAAUCAGAUGAGAAACAAGAGAAAGAUAAAUCAUCAUCAUCAUCAUUGGAGAACCUUUGGAUAUCAAAUCUUCCAUUACUGAAAAGCUUGUACAAUAGCAAUGGAGGAUUCAUCUUCAAGAACCUUAAAAAGUUAAGCGUAGAUUGUUGUCCAAGCAUCAAAUCCCUCUUCCCCGAGAUUCCUGAAAACCUUGAGAUUCUACGAGUGAAGUUCUGUGAUAAUUUGGAGAGAUUGUUCGAAGUAGAAGCAGGAGAACUAUUGAAGCUUCACAAGCUUCACCUUCUUGAUUUGCCUGUUUUAUCGAUCGUUGGGGCAAAACUCCCAAAUCUGGUGAAAUACACGAUUGUGAAAUGUCCGAAUUUGAAAGUUAAAGAAGAUGAACUGAGGUUAGGAACAAGGAUAACAGGGGAAAUUUCAGAGGAUCAGCCUCACAAGUUUAUUGGGCCUGAAACCCAAACUCCCACUCAGCCCACAGAAGCUACAAGCACAGUGUAACAUCAUCUCACAUGUUCUAUCUUCACAAAAUGAGGAUGAAGAUUCGAAACUUUCCAUCGGAAAACUAAUAAGUUCUCACCGUAAAUGUUGAAAUAAUGAUCAAAGUCUUGAGCUUUGACAGAGCAUGUAAUACGAAAACUUACAAAAAUGUUAACUUUAUGUUGUGUCUUGUCUCUUGUGUUCUGUAAACUCUA